AUGGAAGUCGGGGUUCAGCGUCUCGUUGGUGCUCAGUACACCCCCAAACCAACUCUGUGCAUGGCAAUGCCACAGUGGAAAGAAAGAGUGCAAAGCAAAGAGGUGGCCUUUGAGUCGACUCAAGGGCCUAUGUCACGGGGGGCGCAUGCAUUGAUGCAGGCCACCAGCUCUGUUCCUCCCACAUCCUUACCUAGGCUCAUGUCCCUCACCACUCACCCUCACCCCCGCCCCCCGCCUUUUGAGACGGCCAAUGUCACGGAGGGCGCAUGCUUCGAGGCGGGCCACCAGCUAUGCACCGACGUGCCCAUCAACCCCACCUCCGCUGUUCUCCCCUCCUCCACCGCCUCUGGCUCGUACGGCAAAGGCCCCCCCGACACCACUGGCGCAGCAGGAGGGGGGGAUAGGCAGGGGGUGGAUGAGGAAGGUGGGAGUGCUAGCAGUAUAGCUGCCGUGCGUGGGAAGGAGCGCAGGAGGCGGGGGAGGAGGCAGGGAGGGGCCGCUCGAGGCCGCGUGCUGCUGUGGGAGUCCGAUGGGAGCGAGGAGGAGGACGAGGAGGAAGGGGCGGAGGGGACAGAGGGAGGAAGAGAUGGGGGAGGAGGGGGAGUUGGGGGAAGGGUGGCUCAAGGGAGCUCCAACGGGGGAGACGAAGGGGAUGAGGAGGAUGAGGAAGGCGGGGGAAGCGGUGGGGGUAGCCGCAGCGGCUGGAGUUCAGGGGGUGGCAGCACUGGUGGAGGAGGGUCGGGGUCUAAUCUCCAGCUGGGGUCCAGGUCUGGGUCAGGAUCAGGGCUAGGUUCGGGCAGAGGAGUGGCGAGGGGCGGGGAGGCAUCGUCGGCGGCGGGGUUUAACUUGCGGGUGGUGCUGAAUCCGUUUCUGACGCCUGACACAGGCCGCCCCACGCGCUACAACACCCGCUGGCUGCGCCGCCUGCGGCGGUGGCGCACGGAUAUCCUCAUCCUCUCCCGCACCGCGCUCUUUAAUGACAAGGACCUAAUGUUACAAGAGGUGCGAGACACCCUGGAGGCAGUGCGCGAGCUCUAUCCGGACAUGCUGGUCAUCUGGCGCAACUCCCCUGCGGGCCACCCCAGCUGCCACCGCUUCACCCGCCCGCUCAAGCGCCGCCCCAAGCCGCUGCAGCUCAGGGGGCAGCUGCCGGCUACUUGGACCAGACAUGCUGAGAUGAAUGCUGCCGUGCGGUCUCUGCUCAAGGCGGCUGAACGGCACAGUGGACUGCUGCCACUACUGCUGUUCGUGUUGCCCCCUCUCAUCCCUCCCCGUUCCGUCCCUGUUCCCAUCCCUCCUCUCCCAUCCCGGGAGUACGGGGUGGUGUAUCUAGACGUAGACUCAGCCACCUCACUGCCUACUGUGUGUUACGUCUUACUCACCAAUCCCACGCGUGUGUCCCACCUCUCUCCUUCCUCCUCCCCCUGCCAGGAGUACGGAGUGGUGUAUCUAGACGUUGACUCAGCCACCUCCCUGCGCCCGGACGGCCAUCACAGGAGGAUGGACGGCACAGUGGACUGCCGCCACUACUGCAUGCCAGGCCCCCUCGACCACUGGGUCUCUCUGCUCUACAACCUGCUCCGCCUCAUCGACUCCCACUCUGAGCAGCAACAGCAGAGCGGGCAGAGUGGGCAGCGAGGGCAGCAAGGGGUAUCACCCGAGCCUGUGAGGCCCGGUCUCCUGCCUGUGCGUCCUGAGGGGGAGUCCGAGCCUGGUCGACCACUGGUUGCUGGGGGUGCUGGCGCUGCUGGUGCUGCUGGUGCUGAUGCUGGGGAUAGUGAUAGUGCUGGUGCUGGUGCUGGUGCUGGUGCUGGUGCUGGUGCUGGUGCUGGUGCUGGUGAUGGUGAUGGUGAUGGCGCUGGUGCUGAUGGCGCUGGUGCUGAUGGCGCUGGUGCUGAUGGCGCUGGUGCUGAUGGCGCUGGUGCUGAUGGCGCUGGUGCUGAUGGCGCUGCCGCAGAAUUCUGCUUGGCGAGCGGGAUGGCGAUAUGCUUUGUCGCGGCGUAG